AUUAGAGUUACCUCCCCUGCAAAGCACGUUCUCGUUGAUAAUUCUGGUUGGUAGUGAAAGGCGUAAUCAGAGACGGGAUUGUGAUAUUCAGACACCCAAACCGAUUGUCCAUGGGUGCAUCUGAUAAUAUCAUGAAUAAAACCAUAUUGUAACAUUUAUCAGUGUGUAUUUGUGAAAUAAGGAGUGAAAUUCCGUGUUUUAAUAUAGAAGGGUUGUCUCCAAUCUAAAGAAAAGACAUUCAAAUUCAUGAUAUUGUCAAUGGUCAAUAUAGAUCUAGUGAUACAGUUCACAUUAGGAAAACACGGAUUGAAAAUUACUUUUUGGUUUCAAAAUUUAUUAUUUCGAAGUUACGAAGUACACACCUCUAAAAUUCAGAUGGAAACUUAUUGCAGCUCAGAUUUGGAAGAUGGUGAUAUUCAGCCAAUCACAGAAUGGCCUGUUACAGCCAGUGACAAUCAGAAUGAAACACAGCCAAUCAGUGGAUGGCCUGUUCAAGUCAACGAAGCACCAUAUCUUUCCACUUCCAUUAAAAAACAACGAACAUGCAAAGAAAAUGACAGCAGUGUCACGCAAUGUGAUUCAACGAGAAGGCAUUGUGAAACUUCUGAGAAUCUGAAGAGGAAAAGGGCGAACCCAGGAAACAGAAGCUGUGUGAUGUUGGCAAGAGCUGCCCUAGCAAGAUGGUGGAGACAAACAGGAAAAUAUUCAAUCCCAGUGUCAGAUCUACCACAGACUCACAAUCCAAACACCCUCCUACACUACAUCUCAAGAUGCCGACCAGGUGUGGAGUUUUUGAAAAGCCAGAGAAACAAGUUGGAGAUACUAUUAGACCUUGGAGAAAGGGACGGGGAAGUCUAUGCUGCCUUGGGAACUGUGGAAGAAAGCCUGGGCAAUCUCACAAAGGCAGAACAGCAUCUGAAACAAGCUCUCACAGAAGACCCUGAUAACAAGGAAUACCGAUGGCACCUGCACAAGGUGGAGAGGCAAGUGCAGGUAAAGCAGCAGCAGGACAAGAUGCUGACAGAACUUGCUGGGCACAAAUUGGAACUCAGACCUAUCAAACAGGUGAAGCGAGUUUCAGCAAGAGGUCUGUCCAUGCAAGAGUUUUUCUAUGCCUUCGCUGCAACCAGUACACCGGUGGUCAUCACGGACUUAGUGGACAAGAUGACCUCUGUCCCCUGGACAUUGCAGCACAUCAGAGAUGUGGCAGGUGAAGUCGGAGUCACCCUGAAGAAACCGGUGGAUGGGUCUGUUGAAUGGGCAGGGCUUGAGGAGGGGGACACUGUGACCGUGGGAGAAUACAUAGACCAGACCCUGACCCCCAGGGGCACAGAGAGGCAGGGUGAGGGGAGUGUUCCCUCCGUGCAGUACCUGUUUGAUUGGAGCCUCCCCCUACACUGCCCCAGGCUGGUGGAGGAACUCUCUGUACCCAGGUAUUUUGCAGGUGACCUGCUCCAGAGGACCAGUGGAGGCAGCCUGUACCAGGACAGUUGGCCCAGUCUGUUCCUGGCCCCCGCAGGGCUCUGCAGCCAGCUACACAUCGAUGCCUUUGCAUCCAACUUCUGGAUGGCUCUCUUCCAGGGCAGGAAACGAUGGACCUUCUUCAGUAGAGGUGACGUGGCCUCUCUGUACCCACGGUACUUUCACUCCAUGGACCCGACAUUUGAUGUCGACUUGACCUCGCCUAACCUCGAGACCCAUCCUCUGAUGUCCUUGGCCCAGCCUCUGCAGUGUGAUCUCAAACAAGGUGAAGUUCUGUUCGUCCCAAGUGGAUGUCCGCACUAUGUAGAGAAUCUUGAGGCAUCUGUAGCCAUCUCCGCAAACUUUGUAGACCUUUCUAAUCUCUCGGCUGUGAAAAACGAGCUGAAGGUCAAUGCCCUUGUAGACCCCCGAGCAGAUGACCUCUUGAAGCAGCUUGAAGACCCCAAGUUUCCACAAAGUAUGGACAGUACUAUCAAGGAGUUGCCAUGGCAACAGUUCAAGUUUUGGAACCUUGAUAACUAUCACAUGUUUGAUAUCACUGCUGAAAGUGUUGCAGGAAAUAAAACCUGAUGAAUCUAUUG